AAAAGACGACGCCGCGUCGUUUGGCAUCAAAAACGAGGAAAACUCAAAUUUAUUUAAUUUUAUUUUGGAGAAAAAGAGAAAGAACGUUGCGAAACUUUGUGACGUCUCGCUCCCACACUGUCAACUUUGCUGUGUGAGUGAGACAGAGAGUGUAUGAAACUUCGCGAUGUCUCGCUCCCACACUGUCAAAUUUGCUGUGUGAGUGAGACACAUUGCUGCAAAAUCAUAGUUUUCUCUUGCUCACACUUUUUGUUUUUCACGAUUUUCUCGCAUUUUCCGGCGAAUUUUCCAUCCGGGUGUGGUUUUUCGAGCGUAGGAGGCGACGUCGCGUCGUUUGGCAUCAAAAACGCAGAAAAUUCAAAUUUUGCCGAAAAAAAAUUUUUCCCAGAGUGUAAAAAGCCAAAAAAUGAAAUAGCAACAGCAACAGUCCCUCUCGCUCGCACAUCGUUCACUACAUUAGCACAUGUCGCAUGUUCAAAUGGAUGUUAGUUACAAUACAAGCUGAUUCAGCAGACGAACAAAAAUCAAAAUAAAUUUUGCGACUGCGUUUUUUUUCUAGAAAAAUCUCCCAAAAUUUUCCGUGAUUUGUUAUUUUUAGUGAAGAACGUAAACACCUAAAGUACAGUGAAACUACGUCACAAAUUGUGAAAUUUCUGGAAAAUCUGAAAAGAACGAAAAAAAAGGAGCUAAAAAAUGCUUUCCCGGCUCGUCCUGUCGGGUUCUUCUGUCACGGGGGCCUUUGCAAGGUCUAUUAAAUCCUCGCAUACUCUUGUUAUUCGUCAGUUUGGCCGUGAAGCAAGGGAAAAUGUUGCAAGUCGAGUGGGAACGCGCACCCGACCGAGUCUCAAGGAGAGAAUUAUGGCACCAGCUGGUCCCAAUGCCUUCAGCAUGGGCAAGGGGGCUCUAGCUGGUGGGUCAGCACUUGGCUUGGGGGCUCUGUGCUUCUACGGACUUGGAUUGGGGAAGGGAACGAGUGUUCUUAACAAUUCAAUGCUGUGGCCGGAGUAUGUUAAACAGAGAAUCCACACCACGUACCUCUACUUUGGAGCAUCCCUCGGCAUUACGGCGCUUACAGCCAUGGCUGCUUUCCGUUCACCAGCAAUCCUCAAUGUUGUCAGCCGGAAUGGAUUCCUGGCAAUUGCUUUGAUGAUGGGUGCAGUGGUUGGAUCAGGAUCAAUAGCUCAAUCAAUUCCAUACAGUGGAGGCAUUGGAGCGAAACAAUUCGCCUGGGCAGUUCACUGUGCCAUCUUGGGAGCUGUUAUUGCACCCCUCUGCUUCGUUGGAGGCCCCAUUCUCACCCGCGCAGCCCUCUAUUCAACUGGAGUUGUCGGAGGACUCUCCACCGUUGCUGUUUGUGCUCCAAGCGAUAAAUUCCUCUACAUGGGAGGACCCCUGGCUAUUGGAUUGGGUGUUGUGUUUGCAUCGAGUCUCGCUUCAAUUUGGCUUCCACCAACAACAGCCCUGGGUGCUGGACUUGCCUCCAUGUCUCUCUACGGAGGCCUUCUGCUCUUCAGUGGUUUCCUCCUGUAUGACACACAGAGAAUUAUCCGGCGAGCUGAAACACAUCCAAUGUACGCAAUGCAACCUUUCGACCCCGUCAACUGCGCAAUGUCAAUUUAUAUGGAUACUUUGAACAUCUUCAUCAGGAUUGUUUCUCUUCUGGCGGGAGGUGGUGGUAAUCGUAGAAAAUAGAAUUAAAUUCUAAAUGUAAAAUGUUAUUCUCAAAAUAAAAUCUCAACGGAAACUCA